AAGGCGGCCGCGCCGCCGAGCCGCCACUGGGCUGCACACCUCCCCGGGAACCCCCUCUCGUGGGCGCUCUUUGAAGUGGAGGCGGGCGGCGGCAAGGGGAGGAGGGAGGGAGGGAGAGAGGCAGGCAGCGCGCACGGCUCGCUGCACCCCAGCCUCCCCCCGCGCCGCGCACCUGGCGCCGCCUGCCCGCCGCGGCUCGGCCCCUUUCUCCAGGAGGACAACCUGCUGACCCCAGGCCAGGAUGGACAGCAGACGGUGGCUUUCACACUGGGCCUGGUCCCUGAUGGCUAUGGCACUUGGGGCUGGGGGCACAGCAUCCACCGGGGCCACGGACAACAGCCCAACGUCCAACAGCCUGGAAGGGGAUACCGACGCCACGGCCUACUGGUGGGGUGAGUGGACCAAGUGGACGGCGUGUUCCCGCAGCUGUGGGGCUGGGGUAAUGUCCCAGGAGCGGCACUGUCUGCAGCAGAGGAGGAUGUCUGUCAUGGGCGCUGGGAACAGGACCUGCGCGGGCAUGUCCAAGCGGUACCAGCUCUGCAGAGUGCAGGAGUGCCCGCCGGAUGGCAGGAGCUUCCGCGAGGAGCAGUGCACCUCCUUCAACUCCCACAUGUACCACGGGCGCACGCACCGGUGGAAGCCCCUGUACCCUGAUGACUACGUCCACAUCUCCAGCAAGCCGUGCGACCUGCACUGCACCACCUUGGAUGGCCAGCGGCAGCUCAUGGUCCCUGCCCGCGACGGCACGUCCUGCAAGCUCACCGACCUGCGCGGGGUUUGCGUGUCUGGAAAAUGUGAGCCCAUCGGCUGUGACGGGGUGCUGUUCUCCACCCACACGCUGGACAAGUGUGGCGUCUGCCAGGGGGAUGGUAGCAGCUGCACCCACGUGACGGGCAACUACCGCAAGGGCAACACACACCUCGGUUACUCUCUGGUGACCCACAUCCCGGCCGGUGCCCGAGACAUCCAGAUUGUGGAACGGAAGAAGUCUGCCGAUGUCCUGGCUCUUGCAGAUGAGGAUGGCUUCUAUUUCUUCAAUGGUAACUUCAAGGUGGACAGCCCCAAGAACUUCAACAUCGCCGGCACGGUGGUCAAGUACCGGCGGCCCAUGGACAUCUAUGAGACGGGCAUCGAGUACAUCGUGGCGCAAGGGCCCACCAACCAGGGCCUGAACGUCAUGGUGUGGAACCAGAAUGGCAAAAGCCCCUCCAUCACCUUUGAGUACACGCUGCUGCAGCCGCCACACGCCCACCGCCUCCAGCCGGUCUACUACAGCCUCUCUGAGGCCGCCUCUGAGAGCGCCGAGAGCCAGGAGCUGGGCAGGGCCGGCCUGCUGGGCCUCCUUCAGCACAACGGUUCCCUCUAUGGCCAGACCUCCUCGGAGCAGCUGGGCCUGGACAGCCGGCUCUUUGGCCCCCUGCGCCCGGGGAUCGAGCCGAGUCUGGGCAAGGGCCAGGAAACCAACGAGGUGUGCGAGCAGGCCAGCGGCGGGGCCUGCGAGGGACACCCCAGGGGCAAGGGCUUCCUAGACGGCAAUGCCACCGGGAUAACUCUCGGAGGGGACGAGGAUGACCAAGAGGCCGAUGCCCGUUUCACCUCUCAGGAGCUCCUCUCGGCCAACGCCAUCUCUGGCCAGCUCCUGGCUGCAGGCUCGGACUCCAAGGAGCCCCCCCUCAAUGCGACCGGCAAUAGCAUCUUUGCACAGGGCUCCCCCAGGAGCUCCCUGUCCGAGAGCCUCUACGUGGACUUCGAGGAAAGGGAGGGAGCCGGUGCUUACUUGCUCAAUGGGUCCUACCUGGAGCUGAGCAGUGACAGAGUGGCCAACACCUCCUCAGAGGCCCCCUUCCCCAACGCCAGUGCCAGCCUCCCCAGCUCCGCCGGGAACAGGACUCACAGGGCCAGGAGCAGGCCCAAGGCGCGGAAGCAAGGCUUGAGUCCAGCGGACAUGUACCGGUGGAAGCUCUCAUCCCACGAGCCCUGCAGCGCCACGUGCACCACAGGGGUUAUGUCAACCUUUGCCCUGUGUGUUCGCUAUGAUGGCAUCGAGGUGGAUGAUAGCUACUGUGAUGUCCUGACCCGUCCUGAACCUGUCCAGGAGUUCUGUGCCGGGAGGGAGUGCCAGCCCAGGUGGGAGACCAGCAGCUGGAGCGAGUGCUCGCGCACCUGUGGCGAGGGCUACCAGUUCCGCAUCGUGCGCUGCUGGAAGAUGCUGUCGCCCGGCUUCGACAGCUCCGUGUACAGCGACCUGUGUGAGGCGGCCGAAGCCGUGCGGCCCGAGGAGCGCAAGACAUGCCACAGCCCGGCCUGUGGGCCGCAGUGGGAGAUGUCCGCGUGGUCAGAGUGCACGGCCAAGUGCGGGGAGCGCAGCGUGGUGACCAGGGAUAUCCGCUGCUCAGAGGAUGAGAAGCUGUGUGACCCCAACACCAGGCCUGUGGGGGAGAAGGACUGCACCGGGCCCCCCUGUGACCGCCAGUGGACCGUUUCCGACUGGGGGCCGUGCAGUGGCAGCUGUGGUCAGGGCCGCACCAUCAGACACGUGUACUGCAAGACCAGUGACGGACGGGUGGUGCCCGAGUCUCAGUGCCAGACAGACGCCAAGCCUCUGGCCAUCCACCCCUGUGGGGACAAGAACUGCCCCGCCCACUGGCUGGCCCAGGACUGGGAGCGGUGCAACACCACGUGUGGCCGAGGGGUGAAGAAGAGGCUGGUCCUGUGCAUGGAGCUGGCCAAUGGGAAGCCACAGACACGCAGCGGCCCUGAGUGCGGCCUGGCCAAGAAGCCCCCCGAGGAAAGUACGUGCUUCGAGAGGCCCUGCUUCAAGUGGUACACCAGCCCGUGGUCCGAGUGCACCAAGACCUGUGGGGUGGGCGUCCGGAUGCGAGACGUGAAAUGCUACCAGGGGACUGACAUCGUCCGAGGCUGUGACCCACUGGUGAAGCCUGUUGGCAGGCAGGCCUGUGACCUGCAGCCCUGCCCCACAGAGCCCCCAGACGACAGCUGCCAGGACCAGCCAGGCACCAACUGCGCCCUGGCCAUCAAGGUGAACCUCUGCGGCCACUGGUACUACAGCAAGGCAUGCUGCCGUUCCUGCAGGCCCCCCCACUCCUAGGCCUGAGCCGACACCCCUCAGAGACCCACAGCAGCCUUUGGGGCCCUGCCAUGCACACCCUUCCCGCAGGGCGCCCAGCUGUGAAGACGUGACGCUGAGCCUCGGCUCUCCUGGGAGGGAGAGCCCCCGUGUGCCUCCGUUGGCCCUGCCCCGGGAGGCCAUCCUCAGGGCCGCCAGGAAGGCGUGUCUGUGGUUCCAGCCCCAGCGCCCGGCAGCGCCAGCCUGUUGGGGGCCCUGGACGCCCUCCCACUCCAGGGCUGUGCCACCAGGGGAAUGGGCAAGGGGGCAGCCAGGGAGACCUGGGUGCUGCCUCGGGUCCUGGCCCUCUCUAGAUGCACCCCUUUCAGAGCAAUCUGUAUGUCACAACUUAGCGUCUGCCGGCCUCCCUUACACGAAGCUGGCCCACCGAGGGACCCACUGCACUUUACGUCCGGGGGAGCGGCGCCCUUUCUCGCGACACGCUUGGAUGUACUGUGGCCGUCAGUACUCCUCUGUAGGUUAAUAAAGUGGUCGUGUUUAU